AUGCCCAAACGAGUGUUCAAACCGAUUUAUGUUCAUGAUGGCUUCACUUUACGUACUGUACAAAUAUUAUCGUCAGGAGACGAGCUUCUUCAUUGCACGCAAAGGAAAACGUCAGUGAAAUGUAACGCACUAGGAAGACGAGCAGUGGAUGGAUUUAUUUCAAUCUCAAAACCUCAUUCCGGUCAUUCUGCAGACGAUGAAGUUGCUAUUGCAAAAAUUGCACGUAUCAAAAUCAAAGAAAGGGCUCAAUCAUCAGCUGCGGCUCCAAAAAAUAUUCUUAAAGAAGUGAGACGGAAGUACGGUGCUCGCCCAGUCAUGAUUGCCGGUUCAACAUCUACACUCGGUCGGUUAAUCAGUAGGCAACGUAAUAAAAAACAAUGCGAUACUGCUGCUGAUGUCAAUGCUUUCGUUUUUCAAGAAAACAAUAAUGAGCUCAAGAUAAAUCAAAUACUUAAUUUAUUAGAAAACAUAGAAGAAGCGUCUCGUUCUCCAGAGAGAUGUUAG